GAGGCAUUUUUGAGUGUGUGGAAUCUGGUCCAAUGGGGGCAGAAGAAUUAGCCUUCAGAUUUGCUGUGAACACAAUCAACAGAAACAGAACUCUUCUGCCAAACACCACAUUAACAUAUGACACACAGAAGAUAAAUCUCUAUGACAGCUUUGAAGCAUCCAAAAAAGCCUGCGAUCAGCUGUCCCUUGGGGUGGCUGCCAUCUUUGGACCAUCCCAUAGCUCCUCAGCUAAUGCUGUGCAAUCCAUCUGCAACGCUUUGGGUGUUCCACAUAUCCAGACCCGCUGGAAACAUCAAGUGUCAGACAACAAGGACUCCUUCUAUGUCAGCCUCUAUCCAGAUUUCUCUUCACUCAGCCGUGCCAUCCUUGACCUUGUGCAGUUCUUCAAGUGGAAAACCGUUACUGUUGUUUAUGAUGACAGCACUGGCCUUAUUCGAUUACAAGAGCUCAUCAAGGCUCCAUCACGAUACAACCUGAGACUAAAAAUACGUCAGUUACCAGCUGACACGAAAGAUGCAAAGCCAUUGCUAAAGGAGAUGAAAAGAGGCAAAGAAUUCCAUGUAAUCUUUGACUGCAGCCAUGAAAUGGCAGCAGGCAUCUUGAAGCAGGCUUUAGCUAUGGGAAUGAUGACAGAAUACUAUCACUAUAUCUUUACCACACUGGACCUGUUUGCCUUGGAUGUGGAACCCUAUCGGUAUAGUGGUGUUAACAUGACUGGAUUCAGGAUUCUAAACACAGAAAAUACCCAGGUGUCAUCUAUCAUUGAAAAGUGGUCUAUGGAGCGUUUGCAAGCACCUCCUAAGCCUGAUUCAGGUUUGCUGGAUGGAUUUAUGACGACGGAUGCAGCGUUAAUGUAUGAUGCAGUUCACGUGGUGUCAGUGGCUGUCCAGCAGUUCCCACAGAUGACUGUCAGUUCACUACAGUGUAAUCGCCACAAACCGUGGCGCUUUGGGACCCGCUUUAUGAGUCUCAUUAAGGAGGCCCACUGGGAAGGCCUCACAGGCAGGAUAACUUUCAACAAAACCAAUGGUUUACGGACAGAUUUUGAUUUAGAUGUUAUCAGCCUCAAGGAAGAAGGUCUUGAAAAGGAAGAAUUACCUCAAACAGAAUUAAAUAAAAUUGGAGCCGGCUCAGACAGCACCGGACCAACAGAUCUCAAG